AUGGCUGACACAGAAAGUGAUCGGUUUCCUCUACACACAGCUGCUAGAGAAGGCAGAGUGGCUGCAUUUGAAGGACUUCUCAAGACGGAUCCCAAGCUCUCAAAGCGCAAAGAUGAUGACGGCAGAUACGCAAUCCACUGGGCAGCCUCGUCCAACAACCACGAAAUUGUCCUCCUCUUGGCAAACCAGGCAAGCUUUGAUCCCGAUAUUCAGGACGACAGCGGCUGGACACCUCUCAUGAUCUCCGCCAGCGUCCCCAACAGCGAGCCAGUAUUAAACUUACUUCUUUCAAGAGGCGCCGAUGUCAACAUCAAGAAUAACAACGGCCAGACGGCCCUCCACUUCGUCGCCUCCAAAAAGAACCUCGAUGUCGCCCGUCUUCUCAUCGACUCCAAGCCCCCAGCUUCGACUCGUGUCCGCGACCGCCGGGGCCAGUACCCCAUCCAUCGCGCUGCGGCUGUCGGCUCAGUUCCCAUGGUCAUGCUCCUGCUUAAGAAUAGGAGUCCCUUGAAUGCUGCUGAUAAUGAGGGCUACACGCCGCUACAUCAUGCUGUUGCAGAGGGUCACGGAGAUACUGCUGUUGCUCUGCUGAGAGAGGAAGCCGACUUCACACUCAAGACCAACGACGGGGAGCUGGCUAUUGAUCUAGCUCCCGACAAAGAGGUUCGCAACUUCAUCAUCCAGGGCGCUGAGAGAGAAGGCAUCCAGCUAGUCGAUUAG